AUGGAGACAAAAGACACGCCGACCCGCUUCCCUGCUCUCUCCGCAGAUGUAUUUGCGGCCAGCAAUUCCACCACUGCAGAAAGCCCGCCGGUUAGUCCACAAACUCAGCUCCCAGCCUAUGGCGAUGAGAGAGAGCCUCCAAAAUACCAGGAAGAUGGGCUUAGCAAGGAUGAGGAAGCCAUGAAUAAAGCGAAAACAAGAAGAAUACUAUUUAUUCGGCUUUUGUCAUCCAUCUUCGUGGCGGUGAUAGUCUUGUUGAUUGUGGCGGCGGCAGUUGGGAGAAUUUACGAUAGGCAGGCUAGGGAGAAGAAAUCGAAAGAAGAGCAAAAGGACAAUGCGACUGAAUUGGGAGUCAAGAUUCAAGAAGGGAAUGAUACCGUGCUGGUGUCAUUGACCGCUACGUCUGCGGCUCUUGUCUUUACGGUUGCAGCAACAGCAAUUCCAUCCAUUGCAUAG